AUGAAGCCAGCAGGCACCAUUCUGCUUUUGAUCAGCCUGGCCUAUUUGUUCCUCUAUGCAGAUGCUGUGAGCCAAGGAAGCUUUCAGGCUUUUUGCAGAAACUUUGAGAAGAAACUGGGUACAGAUGAAAAAACAUGCCCAAAGCUCAACAAACCAGUGUGUGGCACUGAUGGAAAAACUUACCAAAACCGCUGUGAAUUCUGCCGAACAGCCAUGGAAAGAAGUUUUGGAAAACUUGGUUUCAAACAUGAAGGGAAAUGCUGA